AUGCUCUUGAAAUACGUCUUUGCCGCAGCCGUGGGCCUGCUGGCAUCUGGUGAAGCAGCAACUCUUCCGCCAAACUCGGAGGCCCGCCUUGCAGCUCGCCAACUCUGCAACGGCACCAUCGCCCUUGACACCUCGACCCAACAAUACGUCAUCCAGUCUGGCGACACCCUGACGACCAUUGCGGGCCAGUUCAACCGCGGCGCCUGCGAUAUUUUCCAGGCCAACAACCUUACCAACCCGAACCUCAUCAUCACUGGCGACACGCUUGUCAUCCCCCCGCAGACUUGCUUCCCGGAUAACACGACCUGCCUGGGGCCGCAGACGACACCGACGGCGACUUGCAUCCCGGGCGGGCCGGGCUUCUACAUCGUGCAGAGCGGCGACUCGCUGUCGGCGCUGUCCGCCCUCUUCAACAUCACCCUCGACUCCAUCAUCCAGGCCAACUCCCAGAACAUCCCCAACCCGGACUUGAUUGAAAUUGGCCAGGUCGUCAAUAUCCCCGUAUGCCCCGGCACACAGUGCAACAUCAGCCCAUACACCAUCCAGCCGGGCGACGUGUUCGUGGACCUCGCCGAGAAGUACUUGACGUCCGCAGGCCAGAUCUUGGCCCUCAACCCGGGCGUCGCUGUGGACUCCUUGCAGCCUGGCCAAGUCAUCACUCUGCCGAGUUAUUGUGCAUCCAUCCCCGGCCUUUCGAGCGCUGAAGAGGAGAAUGCAGGUGGAAACUGGACGGCACCGGCGUAUUAA